AUGGACUACUUCAAGUCGCUCAGCUCCGCCGCCUCUUCGGUGCUGUCGGCAACGCGCUCCGGCCCACUUGCCAACUUCACCAUCGGCCAGGAGCUCGUCGAGUAUCGCUCCCGCUCGCUCUGGUCGCUCCACUCGGCCACCAAGCGCGACGACAACUCCGCCUGCACCGUCCUCGCCUUUGACCUCUCCCACCCGCACAACGCCACCCGCGCCAACCUCCUCCCCUUUGCAAAAAACGCCGCCAGGAAGCUACGCACCACGCGCCAUCCCAACGUCCUCAAGCUCCUCGACAGCGCAGAGACCAACUCGUCCGUCUACAUCGCCGUCGAGAAGGCAACCCCGCUCUACAAGGUGCUCGCACAGUCCGAGGACAAGCGCGCAACUCCACAACGCCAGGACUGGAUCGUAUGGGGCCUCUCGUCCAUCGUCAGCGCCCUCAAGUUCCUCAACGCCGACGCCGCCUCUACCCACGGCAAUCUGCGUCCCGAGUCAAUCUUCAUCACCGCAGCAGGCGAAUGGAAGCUCGCCGGAUUCGAAGCCCUCACUCCACACGCAGAGGCUCCUCAUGGUCUGCUCUUCACCCAGGGCUCCCUGCUCCCCGAUGCAAACCGAUAUGCGCCACCCGAAGUGAGGCAGAAUGGCUGGAACAUUCUUUCGUCCAUGGAUUCCACCUUGCUCGACAGCUAUGCGCUCGCUCUCGUCGCCAUCGAGGCUUUCAACGGGCCGCUGCCUCCACAGACCGGUACCGCAGCACCACCACGCGGCCACGUCCCGCAGCAGCUCUACUCGGCGCUCCAGCGCAUGCUCGUGCCCAACGCCAAGACGCGCAGCACCGUCGCCAAGGUAUGGGAGGCCGGCGAGGGCGAAGGCGGAUUCUUCAAGGAAAACACGCUCGUCAAAGUCGCUAGAGGCCUCGACGGCUUCCUGCUCGCCACGGAAAACGAGAAAGCCGACAUCAUCAAUCUCCUCCAGCAGAAGCCCGACUCGUUUACGCCCGACUUUUUGAUGUACAAGGUGCUUCCCACCCUGGUCGCCGCCCUCUCCGCCGUACCACCGCCGGGCACCAUCCCGUCCGCCAGCACGCAGGCCUCGGUGCUGCUUCCGCUCGUCCUGCGCCUGGGCCAACCGCUGCCCAACGACGAAUGGACAGCCAACGUGGUGCCGCCGCUGCUCAAGGCCUACGCCUCGCCCGACCGAUCCACGCGCAUGGCGCUGCUCGAGAACCUCUCGCUCUACGUCGAGCGCAUGGACAACCGCACCGUCACCGACAAGCUGUGGCCCAACCUCAUCACCGGCUUCAACGACUCGGUCGCCGUCAUCCGCGAGGCCACGCUGCGCGCCAUCCUCCCGCUCGCGCCCAAGCUCUCGGACCGCAUCCUCAACAACGACCUCCUGCGCGUGCUCGCACGCACCCAGGUCGACCCGGAAGCCGGCAUCCGCACCAACACCACCAUCCUGCUCGGCCGCCUCGUGCCGCACCUCUCGGUCUCGACGCGCAAAAAGGUGCUCAUCCCCGCCUUCUCCCGCAGCCUCAAGGACCAGUUCGUGCACGCGCGCGUCGCCGGUCUCAUGGCAUUGAUGGCCACCGGCGACUCGUUUGACCACGACGAUUGCGCGCGCCAGGUGGUGCCCGCCGUCGCACCGUGCAUGGUGGACAAGGAGAAGCUCGUGCGCGACCAAGCCGACAAGGCCAUCAAGAUGUUUCUCGAAAAGAUCGAGUCGGGCCGCGCAGGCAUGCCCGACACCGCGCUCAGCCCCGAACAGCUCGACAGCUCGACCUCCUUCAGCAGCUCCACGGACGGCACCAAUGGCGCCGGCUACGCGAGCUCCAUGGCCGCCUCCGCCGGCAGUGCAGCCUCGGCGCUGGCGGGCUGGGCCAUGUCGUCGGCGCUCUCGUCGCUCUCCAACUCGUCCUCGGCACCGUCGGUCGCCGACGGCCGCCCGCUCUCGUCGGCGGCAGAGCUGCAGUCGCAGAUGGACGGGCGAAGCACGCCAGCCACAUCAGUCGGCACGCCCGCCACACCGCCCUCGGCACCCGUCCCACCCUCGUCGGGGCUAGCGAGCCUCCGGCUCGGAUCGGGCGCUGCCGAUGCUGCCGACUCGUCCAGCUGGCUUUCGGAAGCAUCGAGCUCAGCCACCGCGGCCAAGUCGGCGCUCGACUACGAUCUGGACGACGAUGCGCCAUCGGCGUCGACGGCGCAGGCGUUCGCCGCACCGCCCGCCGCUACCAACACGGACCUCAUGGACGUCAACGACGAUAGCGCCGACUGGUCGAGCUUUGAGGUGGGGCAGCCCAAGAAGAAGGCGCCCGCCGUCGGACGCACCAAGAUGGCCAAGGCCAAGCUUGGGCCUCGGCGCGCGGCGGCGGCGGGGGCGGCGGCGGCUGCAGCACGUUCGGCGUCGGCGCCGGUGGCGCCGCAGGUGGAUGCGACGCAUGCGAUCGAGCGCAGCAGUCUGCGCGUGGCCGCACCCGUGGAGCAGGAGGAGGCGGCGUGGGGUGGUGACGAGGGCUGGUCCGCGAAUGCUGCUGAGAGUGCCGAGGCGACGCCCGAGCCAGCGGGGGCGGAGCUGGGUGGAUCGCAGGAGCUGACAGCGCAGGCGUUCUCGGCGGUGCCGGCGUCGAUGGCCGUGCCGGCGCCCGACGACACGUGGGCAUCCUUCGACGACCAGGACGACGUGCAAGACGAGCGCAGCCGCAGCGCGUCGCCCGCCACGCCCGCCGCCGCGGCGCCGCUGUCGCGAGAGGAGAAGAAGGCCGAGCUGGAGCGCAAGCGCGCCGAGCGCCGGCAGCGCCUCGAGCAGCUCAAGCGCGACAAGGAGCAGGCGCGUCUGGCGGCGCUGUGA